AUGGCGGAAGAAGAGCAAAGCGUGAAGAAGCAAGUGAUGGUGGCGAUUGAUGAAAGCGACUGCAGUAAACGCGCUCUCAAAUGGACGCUAGAGUAUCUCAAGGAAAGUAUCGCCGAUUCCGAUAUCAUCCUCUUCACCGCUCAACCUCCACUUGAUCUCAGCUUUGUUUAUGCUUCCUCUUAUGGAGCAGCUCCGAUAGAGCUUAUAGACUCAAUGAAAGAGAAUCAUAAGAACACUGGAUUGAAUCGGCUUGAUCAAGGGGUCAAAAUUUGUGCUGAGAUUGGGUUAUAUCAUGGUUUGGUUGAUUGUGUAUCAGGUUACUCCAAGAAAGGUGAUGGAGUUUGGAAAUCCUAA